GUUGAAACACUCAAAGUAUUUUUUUAAACCUACUGGAAGAGAGCGGAUGUGGUGUACCCUUGUAAAAACCCACUCAAUGUAAAUCUAUGUGGUCUUAUUUCACAUUAAAUAUUUGGCAAUUAUGUCCAUAAAAUGUCAAAGCGAAAGUCGAAAAUUCCACGUAAAAUACCGAAUAUUAGAAGUUCUAAAUAUGAAGCGACCGAAGCGAUACACAGAAAUAAAAAGUAUUGGACCAAUGUGUUUGAUGAAAUUGAUACAACAACCAAAACAGAGAUUGAAGAAAGCAGAACUCUAUCGAAGAUAUUGCCCAGCAACCUCUAUAAGAAAGUUUGUACCACAUUAAAUAUGCCUGUCGUGACAGAUCGGCACGACGAGACUAAAUCAUUUCAAGAAAGACGCAUGCGACGGGCUAUAAAAGAGCCUUUGCUAUCAUACAGAAAAAGUUUGUAUAUAGACAGAGAAUUGGAUUCUGACACUGAUGUGGAACUGUGUUCCAGUGAUCACGAGGAUCAGCCAAAUAUCCAUCAGGAGUUCCUAAACAAACCAGAGCGUGAACAGGUGACGUGGGCAACCAGAUAUCUUCAGCCGGAGAAAGAGGAGGAGAAAAGCCUCGUAAGAAAGGCUGACGAUCUCACUGACAGGAUAGCAACGGAGUUUUGCGAAUAUAUGAAGCAGCUGGGUGGCGACCAACAAUCACAGUUGUUCACACCGAAAGCUAUCAAGGAACUGUUCCAAAUUGAAUUUGACACUCACGUAGCUCGCAGUCUGCGAGUGGUGCCCAAAGAAUUGCCAUCUGUGGAAGAUAAACUUGCAAUCGUCACUGGGAACCCAGAGAAAUCCCGUCACGCUACGUUAGAACGCGAGAUAACAAAGGAUAUGAAAGCAGAGCAACGUCCCGACUACCUGACAGCAUUCUCCCAGAGUGUUCCACUCCGUGACCAACGGAAAGCACCAAGAAACAACACCAAGACCUUAUGGCGGUCCUCUCGACAUGUGCCUAAAGACUUGGUCACAUUAAAAACAGUAUGGGAGGGCAUCACAAAUCUUAGAAGCGUUAAGGAGUAUUGCCGUUGGAUGAUCGAGCAUCCUGAAUACCGAAGAGCCCCAUACUUAAGCAGCUUGGGGAUGUUCGAUUCAGCCGUGUUGGAGGCACGACUCACCUUCGAAAGUGGAUAUGGCGUUACACCACCACUGAUGUCCCCAAACGAUGCACCAGCUCCCAUUGAUAAUAUACGAAGGAGACUGUCACAGCUAGCGGAUUCUAAUUAAGCCACAGAUUUAGAAUUACUUUAGUUAUUGUUCUUUCAGUUAAUAUAUAAUUUUACUCCAUACUCUAAAUCCAUUGUUACGCACGUUAUGUAUGCACGUUAGUAACAUUAGUUGAUUUUUCUCAUUAUGGUAAACGCAAUGGGAAUAAUCGACAGAUGUUGCUACUUCAUUACUACUACUUUAUGGAUUAUAAUUAGUCGUGUAUAUUUUUUUUACCAGAGAGUUUACCAGAGGGAAACUUUGUACAAAAGUCGAUUGCUUGGGUACCUCUAUCCCAUUCGUGUUUCUACCGUGAAGCAGUUGUGUUUCGGUUUGAAGGGUGGGAUAUGGCGUGAAAACAGGGUACAGAGAAAUAACAUCUGAGUCAGUCAGAGAGUAAAAACUAUAUGUUUGUCCAAAUAUUUCUCUUUUCUCAACUUAUUUACUUUGGAUGUCUAAUAUACAUGUUGAUAUGAUAACAGAUGGUUUAGUUUUAAUUCCUACACUUUUAAUUAAUUAACCAAAGUCAUUUAUAUAUGAAACCCAAUAUAGCUAUCAGUAGCCUGCCUGUAUUAUUUUAGUUUAUGGAACAAAAAAUGAUCCAGUGUAAUAUGGAACUGUUUCUUUCAAUGGGAAGUGCCAAACUUCAUUCUUUGUCUAUGCGGACGCCUAGGUCUAUUACGGUUGCCGAGUUCUGUAAGUAUGGUGUAAUUAUUAUAGUAAUAGGGACAAUUUGAAGCCCUACAUUUUCAUUAAGUAUAGUAAAUAUGUAGUGAAAAAUAAAAGUUUAGUUAUAUGUUUAGAAAAUGUGAUAGCCAGUGGUAUACUAUCCAGACAUAGAGACUCAAGAGAUCGUAGUUCGAAAUUGGCUGAUACCAAAAUAAUUUGCGUGUCAAUUUAUCGUGAUCAUAUUUCGGUCAAAGUCAAAUGAUCUCGGUAGAUGCGGUAGAUAGUAAACGUAGUAAAUAGAUAAAUAAACAAACAGGUAUGAAAAUUUAUUUUUUCGAAAUUUUAUUUGA